CGAGAACGGGGACUUUCUAUGCUCUCUCCCCUUAUCAACACACCGAAAGAAGACCAUAACAAUCAACGAAAAGAGCACUUAUUACGCAGAAAUGAAGUCGCUGAUCGUCCUCCUUGCUGCCUCCCUCAUCGUCACAGGAUGUAUGAACUCGAUCUUCACCAAAUACCAGGACAAUCAGUACGUUGCGCCUGACCGUAAGUUCGAGCAGCCGGUGUUACAGACGCUCCAGAUGUUUAUCGGAGAGGCAUGUGCAUUUCUAUUCGUGCUGGGUAAGUCGUUCAGGGGAAGACCAGGUGAAUACGAGCCAAUCAUCGGUGGCAAGCCACCGUUGCCAGCUUCCAAGGUGUUCGUGCUGGCCAUUCCUGCCCUGUGCGAUCUCUGCGGUACAACGCUCAUGAACCUAGGGCUGAUGUACACCCCGGUUUCCAUCUACCAGAUGACAAGAGGCGCUUUGAUCUUGUUCGUGGCCUUGUUCAGUGUUGUGUUCCUUCGCAGAAGCAUCAACAGGGUCGAAUGGCUUUCACUCGUGGUUGUGGUUGCCGGUAUUGUCAUUGUAGGACUCAGCGGGAAGCAGAACGCCGGCUCGGAGUCUGUUGACAGCGCUGUGAGUAAAGAGGCAAGCUCUAAGCUCGUGGUUGGAAUCACACUGGUGUUGUUGGCCCAGGUGCUGGUGGCAACACAGUUUGUCGUUGAAGAGCACAUUGUCGGUAGAUGGACCGUGGAACCGCUUACCCUUGUCGGGUACGAGGGCUCAUUUGGUGGUUCGUUAACGCUCCUGGCCAUGGUUGCCGGUUAUGCAACCGUGGGCAAGGGCACCAAGGGCCCAUUCGAUGUUGUGAACUCAUUCCAUGAGUUCUGGAGCAAUGCAAACAUCCUGUACUCCUCCAUUGCGAUCAUGAUCUCCAUCGGAAUGUUCAACUUCAUCGGCAUCACGCUCACCAGCAAGAUGAGCGCCACGGCAAGAUCCACCAUCGACACGUGCAGAACUGCGCUGGUGUGGGUCGUCUCCCUGGUGCUUGGAUGGGAAUCAUUCGUGUUCGCCCAAUUGCUGGGAUUCGUUCUACUCGGCUUCGGCACAUUGGUGUUCAACGGAGCAAUAGCCAUCGACCCUUACCUACCACGCUGGUUCCUACAGGAUAAAGUGGGCAAUCUACGUAUCAUUGACGUUGUCGACGAGCAGAUCGAGAGACAAUGAUCCAUAUAAAAGCUAUGUAAUUUGAGAAUUGAUACACAUGGGCUAAUUAACUCAGUGGCUGGAAAUAGCACACGCGCGCACGCGUGAAAAGUACAACACACGCGACACGUUGAUGAGGAUCAUUGGGAGAUUCCGAGACGAAAACGCCGACUUUCCAACUAAUCAACAAACAAACAACGGCCAAUUGACCACCAUUCAGCACCAGGUGGAUCGUAGUAUGAAUCUCGUGGCUGCCAUCUGUAGUGGGCUAGUUCUUCUGGUUACACUUCUGUACGGUGUUGUGCUCUUCUUUUCACAUUCUCCAAGGGAGCC